GCCGGCGGCAGCAGCACGAGCAAGCAUCACUUUCCCCAUUAACCCGAGGAGGAAGGAGGCAGCACUGCUCCAAUCCAGAGCAGCUGAGCUGAGCUCGGGGAAGGCGCAAUGCCAGGGCCCCUCGGCGCCAUCAUUGGCCGCCACUUCUCCGCCGGCGCCGCCGGAGCCGGAGGAGGAGGAGGAGAUGACGCCGCAACCGGCGUCAUUCGACACGACCGGAAGUGCCGCGACCUGCCAUUCCUCGCCCUCUUCGCCGCCUUCUGGGUCGCCAUGAUUGUCAACUCUAGCUUCGGGUUCAACCAGGGCAACCCGCUCAGGCUAACUUAUGGACUAGACUACAAAGGGAACAUAUGUGGCAGCAAACAUGCUGAUCCAGAUUUGAGUGAGCUGGAUGUCCGUUACUGGAUGAACCCCAACCAGGUGUACCAGAGUGGGCUAAAAGACAGCAAAAUUGAUCUAGCUGAUGCUAAGUCUGUCUGCCUGAUGGAAUGCCCCUACCCUGCUGAAGAUGGGCUGAACUUUGUCUGUGAUUACCCGGAAGGUGACAUACGACUCUCUGUCGAUGAUUGGAUCGACAGGGACUAUGAUUACUUUGAGUACCUCACUCCAGAUAUGAGGAACACUUCUCUUCAGUUGCAGGGUCCAUGUUACCCCAUCAUAUUUCCAAGUAUAAAUGUCUACUGGAGCUGCCAGUUUAUUGCACGGCCAUCCAAUGUCUCUCUCAAGCAUUGGCAGCGGAUGGGUGGUGCCAGCAUUGAUGAAAACAUGUUAAUAGACAAAACUAUUCAUAAUACCAUCAACUAUAAAUCUUCUGUCUUAAAGAGAUAUGUUGCAGAUAUUAGGAAAUCCUGGCCUGUGUUAAUCGUUUGUGGGGGGUUACUCCCACUUUUUCUAGCAUUGAUAUGGUUAGCGAUGAUCCGUUAUUUUGUUGCUGGGAUGCCAUGGAUAACAGUGAUCCUCUUCAAUGCCCUUGUAAUAUCCGUCACACUGUUCUUCUAUAUAAAAGCUGGCUGGAUUGGCAAUGAUCCCUUAACUGUUGUAAUCGGUCCCAGUGAUCCAUAUGUCAGCAUAGGUGGACGGGAAAUAACCCACCUUCGUUUUGCUGCUGUAUUGAUGACAGUAGUAAUGAUCAUUGCCUUAUUGACUUCAAUAGCUAUAGUUCGGCGUAUACUGAAAGCGACAUCCGUCCUUAAGGUGGCUGCAAAGGUCAUUGGUGAAGUCAAGGAACUCAUUAUUUUUCCGGUCGUACCAUAUUUCGCCCUUGCUAUCAUCUAUAUGUUCUGGUUUGCAGCCACACUAUAUCUUUUCAGCUCUGGUCAAGUUUUACAAAAUGAUUGCAAAGCAAACUGCUGUACGUUUGAUCUAAAGCUGGGAAAGGUGAAUUGCGACAAUUGUUGUGGGUACAGUGUCCAUUACACCCCUCAUAUUGGCAUUGCCAUUUUUUUCCACCUGUUUGGCUGUUACUGGGCAACACAAUUCUUCAUCGCAUGCUCUUCAACUGUAAUUGCUGGAUCAGUUGCUUCGUACUACUGGGCACGUGGUGAAAUGUCGCAUGACAUAACGUUUCAUACUGUGGUGUCUUCCCUGAAGCGCUUGCUGCGCUACAGUCUUGGAUCUGUGGCUCUAGGUUCACUGAUCGUGUCCAUCGUAGAGUGGGUGCAGUCGAUACUUAAAUCACUACGCCGUAGGCUGAAAACGGUUGAUUCAGCUGGUGAAAGCAGCUUCCAGAAGACAGUGUCAUCUUCGUCUAACUGCUGCUUGGGCUGCAUAGACUGGACCAUCAAAUCAGUGAACCGGAAUGCUUAUAUUGUGAUUGCCACUACAGGGAAGGGAUUCUGCAAAGCUUCUGAGCUCGCGACCGGGUUGAUAAUGAACAACAUACUGCGCAUCGGACAAGUGAACGUCAUAGGGGACGUGAUCCUCUUCCUGGGAAAGCUGUGUGUGAGCCUGUUCAGCGCGCUCUUCGCGUUCCUGAUGCUGGACAACCACAAGUACAGGUCUGCUCACAACAAGAUAUCAUCUCCACUCUUCCCUGUGCUGUUGUGCUGGGCGCUUGGUUACGUGGUGGCUCAGCUUUUCUUCGGGGUGGUGGAGGUGUCGGUCGAGACGAUAAUCAUGUCGUUCUGCCAGGAUGCAGAGGAGCACGAUGGGGAGGCUCAGUAUGCGCCCCCUCUCCUAAUGGAGACGCUGGGUGACCCAAGCCAGCUACAGAGACUCACGCAGGGACCUUGAUGAAGCUUUCUUCCCAUCAUUGAUUUUAGUAGUGUUAUUACGGUAGUUCAGUAUGAUGUAACAGUUGUUUGGCCUGUGCUGUUGGGUGAUUAAUUGACUUAUGACUAUUGAAUCUUGGUGAUGACUGACAUUUUUAGCGACAGAUGGAGAAGUCUCUACUGGAUGAUGUAACCAAGAUGGAAAAGUCCAGUGGGUGAUGUUUGUUUUUGA